GUUAAACGGACAGAACUGGGUUCUGUUAAUACAACCUUCAAGUGAGCACUUAUAGAACACCAGAGUCAACUGCAGUCAUCUGGAUCGGGAUAAGAUACAACAGAAUAACAAAGAUGGUAAACCAACAAACCCCACGAAUUCUUAAAGGUGGAAGUCGAAUGCAGUUCGUCACUAUUGUUAUUCUUGAACUAUUGCUUCUGGGAGAAAUCCAUGGCUGGACCUACCAUCAUAUUACCGAAAAAAUGCCUUGGGAAAAAGCAAGAGACUUUUGUCGACAAAGAUAUACUGAUAUGGUUGCAAUACAGAAUGCACAAGAAAUUGAGUUUUUGAAUGAUUUCUUACCUGCUUUACAAUCUUACUACUGGAUUGGACUCAGGAAAAUUGAUGACGUUUGGACCUGGGUUGGCACUGAGAAGCCACUCAGCAAAGAAGCAGAAAACUGGGCUAAAGGUGAACCAAAUAAUGAUGGAAAAACUGGGAAGGAAGAUUGUGUAGAAAUGUACAUAAAGAGGAACAUUGAUACAGGGAUGUGGAAUGAUAUUGAUUGUGGCAAAAAGAAAGCACCUUUGUGUUACACAGCUUCAUGCAGUCCCAUGUCAUGCAGUGGUAAUGGAGAAUGUAUAGAGAACAUUGGAAAUUACAGUUGUGUCUGCAAUGAUGGAUUCUAUGGACUAGCGUGUGAACAUGCUGUACAAUGUGCAAAUCUGGAGGAGAAAGAACAGGUGAUUAUGACCUGCUCAGAACCAUUUGGACCAUUCAGUUACAACUCAACGUGUACCUUCAGCUGUGCUGAGGGGUUUGAACUUAGAGGGUCAGAAAGACUGGAUUGUGGAGCAUCUGGAGAGUGGUCAGCGCUAACGCCUCACUGUGAAGCUGUACAAUGUGCAAAUCUGGAGGAGCAAGAACAGUUGAUUAUGACUUGCUCAGAACCAUUUGCACCAUUCAGUUACAACUCAACGUGCACCUUCAGCUGUGCUGAGGGGUUUGAACUCAGAGGUUCAGAAAGGCUGAAUUGUGGAGCAUCUGGAGAGUGGUCAGCGCUAACCCCUCACUGUGAAGCUGUACAAUGUGCUAAUCUGGAGGAGAAAGAACAGCUGAUUAUGACCUGCUUGCAACCAUUUGCACCAUUCAGUUACAACUCAACGUGUACCUUCAGCUGUGCUGAGGGGUUUGAACUCCAAGGUUCCGAAAGGCUGGAUUGUGGAGUAUCUGGAGAGUGGUCAGCGCCAAUCCCUCACUGUGAAGCUGUACUAUGUGCAAACGUGGAGGAGCAAGAACAGGUGAUUAUGACCUGCUUGGAACUAUUUGGACCAUUCAGUUACAACUCAACGUGUACCUUCAGCUGUGCUGAGGGGUUUGAACUCAGAGGGUCAGAAAGGCUGGAUUGUGGAGCAUCUGGAGAGUGGUCAGCUCCAAUCCCACACUGUGAAGCUGUACAAUGUGCAAACCUGGAGGAGCAAGAACAGUUGAUUAUGACCUGCUCAGAACCAUUUGCACCAUUCAGUUACAUCUCAAUGUGCACCUUCAGCUGUGCUGAGGGAUUUGAACUCAGAGGUUCAGAAAGGCUGGAUUGUGGAGCAUCUGGAGAGUGGUCAGCGCCAAUCCCACACUGUGAAGCUAUACAAUGUGAAAAUCUGGAGAAGCAAGACCAGGUGGUUAUGACCUGCUCAGAACCAAUUGGACCAUUCAGUUAUAACUCAACGUGUGACUUCAGCUGCCCAGAUGGAUUUGCACUGAGUGGAUCAAGCAGAAUCGAGUGUGCAGUUACUGGACAGUGGACAGCACCAAUGCCAACCUGCCGAGCUGUAUCAUGUGACAUUCUGAAGGCUCCAGAACAAGCCAACAUGUGGUGUACCCACCCUAUUGAUGAAUUCACCUACAAUUCGACCUGCUUCUUUAACUGUACUGAAGGAUUCAUAUUAGAAGGAUCAGAGAAGCUGGAGUGUGAGGCUACUGGGCAAUGGACAGCACACCCUCCAACUUGCAAAGAUACACCAAAACAAUUCCCUGAAAAUUACACACCGAUAUUAACAGCAGCUGGUGUGGCAUCUGGCAUCUCUGCGCUGACAGUGAUGAUCUGGAUAGUGAGUCAACUCAGAAAGAAAGCACUGGGAAAAAAGUUCUCACUUUUGAGCAAUGAAGCACAUAAAGCAUCAGGUACUUACAAAGUGAAUGAAGAAGUAUAGUGACAGCACACUCAGGCUUUUCAAAUUUUCAUUCAAAGAAUGACCAGAAAUGAAAGGAUGAGAAAAUAUAUGCCAAUAUCACUGGAUUUGCAUAUUCAACCAUUCUAUCAAGUUGGUACAAUACUAGGAAUGGGCAGAUCUCCUUUACCAGAGAGCUCAAGACACCACCUUUAACUUCAUUCAAAUUAACCUUCCAUCUUUCUGAAUGACAAAUGACACUGGCAAAAUACCAAAGCUUACCAUACAACCCAUCAUACAUAGACUUGUGUUACAUGUUUGGCUUCAUGGAAUUAAGUCCUAGGGCAAUUUUUACUGCUGUUGCUUUAACAAAGAAAAAUUAGCCAGAAGUGAGAUGAGCAUUGGGCAUUCUGAAAAUGCAACACCUCCACAAAAAGAAGGCACAAGUAACUCUGUGAUUGAUCCCAAACUAUUCGUCAGAUCACUGAAUAUGCUGCCAAAUUUGAUUUGGUCCAGCCUUGCAUUAUGCGCUGUGUAGAUACAUAUAGCUACAGUGUUUAUGAUAUAUAAUGUUUACUUUUUUUUUGGUCUCAAUGGAUGGCAUGUUAAAUACAAAGCCACCGAAGUAUUACUUGUGAUAAUGGAUUUGGGCAAAAUUGUUUAAUAUUAAAAAUCAAAACCCCCGUAAAGUUAGAAUUUCUUUUGCCUUCUUGUUUAGUUUCCCCUAUGUCAUGCACCAUUUUCUGCUGCUGUAAGGCGGCAGCCUGUAUCUAGGCCUCUUCCUAAGCCUUGAUAUCCAACCUAGGAUAAGGUCUUCACUUACUUUUCCCUCACUCCAAACUCUUAUCCACUUUUUUUCUCUCUUCGUACUCUCAACAUUUUAAAGCUGUGAGUGAAUUAAUGCUGAGAAUUCCAAUGGCACAAUCAUCAAUAUAUAAAGCCACGGCAUCAGAUGGUAAGUUCAUGAUAUCUUGCCUUCAACAGAGUCUAAAUAUCAUCAAUUAUGUUCCCAUUAAUUGUGUACAACCCCAGUUGAUGUAAAGAUUUAUGAGUAAUGAAGAUGGCAAAGUACAGAUCAGCAAGCUAAAUGGCAAGUUAUUUAAAAUUCCUUAAUGUCAACAGAAUUAACAGAAAUACUUCUGUUGAGUCCUCUCAGGAAACUCUAAAACUGCACAUGACAGCUGAAUGUAUUGCAAUAUUCGGUGGUUUUUAUUUGCUUGCUAUCUCUGUACAAAUUGAAUCUAUGAAUGUAUGCACAAUUAAUAUUUAUUACUGAUUUAUUUAAUUCUUCCCUAUGGGAUGUGUUUAACUAUUACCUGAAAUAUGAUUGUUAGGUUUAUCUAAUUGUCUAAUCAGGCUUACUGCACCAACGGUGUGAAUCACAUUGUCACCUUUUGUUGUCCAUAUGACUCCAUACCUGUGUUAUGAUAUGAUGUUGUUUUGUUAACUUGCAGCCAUUUCUCAUCUCCAAACUUAUGGGCUCAGACACACUUUUUAUGAAGUGGUAGGAUUUGUCUCACACGUUCCCGAUCCUUCCCUUUAAUCUAAUAUGAAAUCAUGAAGUAAGUGUAAAAAUUAGGCACAAAUAAUUUGACGUGAAGAAACACAGUACAUGAUCACCUUUUGCUUCAACAUUAUUCUUAUUGAAUUACUUGAAUGAAAACAAAAUUUAUUUUAUCUUUUGACACUUCAUUUCCCAUGCAGUUUGAUAACUUGACAACUGAAUUAAUAAACAAGCCAGUUUGGGAGUCUGAUACAGAACAAAAAAAUGUUACUAAGUUAAUAUAUUAUUUAUGCUUUAAGGAUCCUGGAAUGGACUCCACUCGCAGCAGUGAUAUCCCUCACUGUAAUAAGGAAAAACAAAAUUAGAUAUUUUUGGUGUGUAAAUUUAAAUAUUGUUCAUGAAUUUUCUUAUGCAAGAAUGAAAAGCUACUGCCAUUUAAAGUAUUUUUUAAGUGUUAUAUACAAAUUUAUAUGACUGUACAAAAAUAUUAAGUAAGUUAUUUGUAUAUCUAUCAGUGACCAGUUCAUAUGUUUUCUGACACAUAAUUUGUAAAUAUAAUAUCAAUAAAAUAUGU